GAAAAGAAGAGUACAGUUGAGUUUACUACUAUUCCUCUAAAUAUCCACAUAUCCAUCUUCUCCACCCUCAUUGACUCAUCCUCGUGCCACCAAAAGGUAACCAAACUUCAAUCUCUCUCUGCUAUUUACUUCCAUGCCUGUUAUCUCACUCAUCACAUACUUUACCAUUUCCCUCGCAUCCAUGAUUUCGUAUUAGAAUUCUACUAGUAACACUUAUGGGAAAGGGUAAACCUAGGGCUGUUGAAAAAGGCGUAGUAGGUCCAAAUUUGAGCGUUUCAUCCACUACUAUACCAUCUGCGCCUGUGUUUUACCCAACCGAAGAUGAAUUCAAAGAUCCUUUGGAGUUUAUUUACAAGAUUAGACCCCAAGCUGAACCGUUUGGGAUUUGUAGAAUUGUUCCUCCUAAGAACUGGAAACCCCCUUUUGCAUUGGAUCUAGAUUCUUUCACUUUUCCAACUAAAACUCAGGCUAUUCAUAAGCUUCAGGUUCGUCCUGCUGCUUCUGAUUCUAAAACUUUUCAGUUGGAGUAUUCUAGGUUUUUGAAGGAUCAUUCUAGUAAGAAGCUUAAGAAGAAAAUUGUGUUUGAAGGGGAGGAUUUGGAUUUGUGUAAGCUUUUUAAUGCUGUGAAAAGGUUUGGCGGUUAUGAUAAGGUUGUGGAUGGAAAGAAAUGGGGUGAGGUUGCUAGGUUUGUCAACUCUUCCGUGAAGAUUUCAGAUUGUGCUAAGCAUGUCUUGUGUCAGUUGUAUAGGGAGCAUCUUUAUGAUUAUCAAGUUUUUUGUAACCGGAUUAAUAAAGGAACGGCGGUCAGUUGUUGUAAGAAAAGUGUGGAGGAAGAUUGUAAGAGUGGUCACAGGGUGCAGGUACAAGGUUCGGUGUCCGAGAAGCAUCACGGGGUUGUAGAUGGUUUGAAAGUUAAGGAUCGGAGAGUAAAGGAAGAAAACCGGGAUCAGAUUUGUGAGCAAUGUAAAAGUGGGUUGCAUGGGGAUGUAAUGCUUUUGUGUGAUAGGUGUGAUAAAGGGUGGCAUAUUUAUUGUCUUUCACCGCCAUUGAAGCAAAUCCCUCUAGGAAACUGGUAUUGUUUUAACUGCUUGAGUUCUGAUAGGGACAGUUUUGGUUUUGUGCCUGGGAAGCAAUAUUCAUUGGAAACUUUUAAACGCAUUGCGGAUAGGUCGAGGAGGAGAUGGUUUGGACAGGGACCUGUGUCAAGGGUGCAAAUAGAGAAAAAAUUCUGGGAGAUAGUGGAAGGUUCGGUUGGUGAGGUCGAGGUUAUGUAUGGAAAUGAUUUGGAUACGUCUCUCUAUGGGAGUGGUUUCCCAAAUGAAACUAAUCAGAAACCACAAUCUAUUGAUGACAAGUUAUGGCAAGAAUACUCUACUAAUCCAUGGAAUCUCAAUAACUUGCCUAAGUUAAAAGGCUCGAUGCUUCGAGCUGUUCAUCACAAUAUCACUGGUGUUAUGGUACCUUGGCUGUAUAUAGGAAUGCUAUUCUCAUCCUUUUGCUGGCAUUUUGAGGAUCACUGCUUUUAUUCAAUGAAUUAUCUACACUGGGGAGAGCCAAAGUGCUGGUACAGUGUUCCUGGAAGUCAAGCCAGGGCAUUCGAGAAGGUGAUGAGAAGAAGCCUUCCUGACCUUUUCGAUGCACAACCUGAUCUGCUUUUUCAGCUUGUUACCAUGUUAAACCCAUCUGUCUUGCAAGAGAAUGGAGUUCCUGUCUACAGCAUACUUCAGGAGCCUGGAAAUUUUGUUAUUACUUUCCCCAGAUCUUACCAUGGUGGUUUCAAUCUUGGUCUGAAUUGUGCAGAGGCAGUCAAUUUUGCUCCAGCUGACUGGCUACCAUACGGUGCAUUUGGAGCUGAUCUCUAUAAGCGGUAUCACAAAACAGCUGUCUUGUCUCAUGAGGAGCUUCUUUGUGUAGUAGCCCAGUAUGGUGAUGUUGACAGCAGAGGGUCAUCUUAUUUGAAAAUUGAAUUGCUGAAGAUACUGGAUAGAGAAAAAUCCUGGAGGGAGAAACUUUGGAAAAAUGGUAUCGUUAAAUCUUCUCGUUUAGCUCCUCGGAAGUGUCCCCAAUAUGUAGGAACUGAAGAGGAUCCAGCAUGCAUUAUUUGCCAGCAAUAUCUCUAUCUCUCUGCAGUUGUAUGCAGUUGCAGACCAUCAUCUUUUGUGUGUCUGGAGCACUGGGAACACCUUUGUGAGUGCAAAACUGCUAAACUCCGUCUUCUUUAUCGUCAUUCACUUGGUGAAUUGAAUGACUUGGCAUUUUCAAUUGACAAAUAUAUUUCUGAAGAAAAAGCCGAGAGUAGAAGUGCAAAAAAGCAGUCUUCAUGUCUGAGUGCUUUGACAAAAAAGGUGAAAGGUAGCUCCAUUACAUUCACUCAACUUGCUACAGAAUGGCUUCUGCAAUCUAGUACUAUUCUUCAGAAUGUUUUUGUGACUGAUGCAUCUGUUAUCGCACUAAGGAAAGCUGAACAGUUUCUGUGGGCUGGUUCCGAGAUGGAUUCUGUUCGGGAUAUGGUAAAGAGUUUGACUGAAGCUCAGCAAUGGGCAGAAGGGAUAAAAGAUUGUGUCACAAAAAUUGAGUUGAGGUUGAAGCAUCAGGACUCAAGUUUAAAGAAAAUUCAUAUAGAAUAUGUUAAUGAGUUACUGAGAUUUAACCCUGUACCAUGCAACGAGCCUCAUUAUCAUAAAUUGAAGGAAUAUGCAAAAGAAGCAAGCUUGUUAAUUCAAGAGAUCGAGACUGCUUUGUCAAUGCGUUCCAACUUGUCUGAGUUGGAACUUCUAUACUCUAGAGCUUGUGGAAUACCCAUCUAUGUGAAAGGGACUAAAAAAUUAAGAAGGAAGAUUUCUUCAACCAAGGCAUGGAUGUGUAGUGUCAGAAGCUGCAUCUCAGCUAGAGAUCCUGCUGAAUUAGAUGUCGAUGUUCUUUACAAGUUAAAAUCAGAGAUUGCGGAUCUUCAAGUUCAACUCCCAGAGAUAGAUGCACUUCAGAAUCUAUUAAAUCAGGCAGAAUCUUGUAGUUCUCAAUGUUGUUGCAUGUUAGAAGGUCCUAUGAAUCUCAAGAAUGUUGGUUUGCUGCUUAAGGAAUGGGACAGUUUUACAGUUGAUGUACCGGAGCUGAGGCUACUAAGGAAUUACCAUUCAGAUGCUAUGUCAUGGGUUUCUCACUUUAAUGAUGUUUUAGGGAGAGCUCACAGACCGGGAGAUCAUCAUAAUGCUGUUGAUGAAUUGAAAAGCAUUCUUGAAAAAGGCUUCUCUUUGAAAAUUCAAGUUGAUGAGUUGCCUCUAGUUGAGAUUGAGCUGAAGAAGGCUAAUUGCCGACAGAAAGCUUCCAAGGCACAUGAUUCUAAGAUGCCCCUCGAAUUCAUUCAGCUACUGCUGAAGGAGGCUACUAUGCUUGGAAUUGAGGGAGAGAAGCAAUUCGUUAGUUUAUCGUGUGUGCUUGAUGUCGCCAUGCGUUGGGAGGAAAGAGCCGGAGAGAUUCUUUCAUCUAAGGCUUCUAUUUCUGAUUUUGAGGACAUGCUAAGAGCUUCAGAAAAUAUAUUUGUUAAUCUUGCCUUACUUAAUGAUGUCAAAGAAGCGUUAACGGAAGCUAAUUCCUGGUUAAGGAAUUCAAAGCCAUAUUUAGUAUCAUCUAAUUGUAUGUCAAACUCUUGGCGAAACGUUGGGGACUUGCAGUUGUUGGUUUCUCAAUCAAAGCAUCUUAAAGUACAUUUAGAAGAAAGAGGGACGCUUGAAAUAAUUUUGAAUAACUGCAAAAAAUGGGAGUGUGAAGCACAUUCUCUACUUGAUGAUGCUCAGUGUUUAUUUGAAUUGGAUAACACUGUUCAUGGAAUGAGCAGUGGUUUAUUGUUUAAAGUAGAAGAUUUGAUUGCACGAAUUCAGUCUGCCAUAGCAUCUGGUGUAUCUCUUGGUUUUGACUUCAGUGAUAUUUCAAAGCUUCAAGCAUCUUGUUCUACCCUGCAGUGGUGCAAAAGAGCCCUAUGUUUCUGCAAUCAUUCUCCUUCUUUAAAGGAUGUUUUGGAAGUUGUGGAAGGCCUCUCUCAUUCAGCUGUUUCUGGUGCUCUUUUGAAAGUUCUGGUUGAUGGGGUUGAAUGGCUUAGGAGAGCAUUACAGGGGAUAUCUAGACCUUGCAAUUCUAGAAGAUGUAAAUUAACUGAUAUUCAAGAUAUUCUUACCGAUUAUCAGAUUAUUAAAAUGACCUUUACGGAUGUAAAUUGUCAACUUGAAGAAGCCAUUGGAAAGCAUAGGUCGUGGCAAGAGCAAGUGCAUCAAUUUUUUAGUCUAAGUUCUAGGGAACGAACUUGGUCAUCAAUAUUGCACCUCAAGGAACUUGGAGAUUCCGUUGCCUUUAGUUGCUCAGAACUUGAUUCAAUAUUAUCAGAAGUUGAGAAGGUGGAAAAUUGGAAGAAAAGAUGCAUCGAUUAUAUUGGAGCUUUAUUCCAAAAUGAAAAAUCGCUGCUUCAUGCACUGCAGAAGAUAAAACAGACUCUAGAUAGAUCGCUCUACAUAUAUGGCAAGUUCCAAAAACAGAAGGAACCAAACCUAUGCAACUGCUGCUUUGUUGAUUCUCAAGAUCAAGACUUUCUUACUUGUUCCACUUGUAUGGACCGCUAUCACUUGCGGUGCAUUGGACUAGCAGAAAAAGACACUGGCAUCGGCGACUACAAAUGCUCUUACUGUGAAAUUUUGAAGGGUAAAUCCCAAUAUUCAAAUGGAAGUUCCCUCCUGAGGUUUGAGAAACAUAUUGAAUUGAACAUUCUUGUCGAACUUCUGUCUGAUGCUGAACGUUUCUGUCUGUGGAUUGACGAAAAAGAUCUUCUGAACCAACUUAUUGAGAAAGCCUUUGCAUGCAAAUCUGGCUUGAGAGAAAUAGUGAACCAUUCAUCAGCUUAUGUCGACAAAGAUAUUACCAUCAUCUCUGAAAAAUUGAUCAUUGCAUUAAAGGCUAGCAAAGUGGCUGGUGUCUAUGAUCAAGGUGAUAGUUGUGACCUUGAGCUGGCUUUAGCAAAACACUUGUGGAAGAUUCAAGUCAAUACAGUGUUAAGUGGUGCAGUUAAGCCCACUAUUGAAGAGAUUCAGAAACAUCUAAAAGAGGGAAUGUCCAUGGAAAUAUCAGCCAAAGAUCACUAUAUGCUGAAACUUACAAAUGUGAAGUGCCUGGGCUUGCACUGGGUGGAACUAGCCAAAAAGAUAUCAAAUGAUUCUGGAGCACUCGGCCUAGAUAAAGUAUAUGAGCUUGUAUUGGAAGGUGAAAACUUGCCAGUUGAUGUAACGGAGGAACUUAAGAUGUUAAGAGCUCGAUGCAUGCUUUAUUGCAUUUGUCGAAAGCCCUUUGAUCCAGGAAGGAUGAUUGCAUGUUAUCAGUGUAGUGAGUGGUAUCACUUUGAUUGUAUGAAAUUAUCAUGCACGCAAGAUAUCUACAUUUGCCCUGCGUGCAACCCGUGUACAGGAUUGCCUACUAACCAUGACAGAUUAACUAGUGGGAAACUUGAGGAGCCUAAAACCCCUUCUCCCAGGCAUAAUAACCCUAGAAAGAAACGGAAGCGAGAUGUGCCCAGUCACAGUUGGAAUGAAAAUGAUACUAAUUUUAGGUUAGAUGGGACAGAAUGUCUAAGGUGGAAAAUUCGCAAAUCAUUUAGAAGAGUAACUAAAAGACGUGUUGAACUUCAAAGUCUUUCUCCAUUUAUAUGCAUAAAAUGAUAACAAUGCAGAGUAGGUAGAGUUAUUGGUCAUUAAAUUGAUUAAAUUGAUUCUAAUGUUGUUGUCUCAGGCAUUUCUAAUCCAUCUUAAUGGGAAAUUUAUUUUCAUC